GAAUUUUAGGUGUUUAAUACAUUACAUAUUUUCCUGGCUGUUUUUCCAAGAAAUGUGAAUUAUUAUUCUCUAUGGAUGAAAAGAUAAAAAUGGCUUUUAGUUCUGUUACAAAACAUGUGAACAUUACUGCUUUUAAGAAGAUUGCUUUUCCGUUAGUUGUACUUCUGAUCAUUGUUCAUCUGAUGCAACUUUAUGAUGCAGGUGGAGACACAUGUGGAAGAUUACUUGAUGGGGGAACUUGGCUAGAUGAAGGUGUGUGGCAACCAUCGGGAUGCAUGUUGCACAAGUAUAAGAAAAAUGAAGCGGAAAAGUGUUUGGCAAAUCGGAAAGUAGCUUUUGUUGGGGAUUCUCGACAGAGGGAAUUAUUUUACUCAUUUGUCAAUUUUGUUUCCUCCGAAAAGUUUGAAGAAAUUCCAAAAGCGCACUUCGAUAUCCCAUUCAAAAGUGGAAAUUUGAAUGUGGAAUUCCUGUGGCGCCCAGAACCUAAUGCAUCCGCAAUUGAUCUUUAUAACAACUGGUUAAAGGAAGAAGGUAAACCCAUGGUGGUGUUUCAAUCUGCUGGAGUGCACACUAUGAAACGUACGUCUGGUUCACCAUUAGGAGUGGAGGGAUUUAAGUCCAAUCUAACUAAGUUAAAAUUGAAUAUGGACUCCCUUAUGCAAAAAGGCACCAAAGUUUAUUGGAUAUUACAAGAUCCUGUUAAUGAAAACAAACUCUCAAAUGCUCGUAGUUCCAUCACAAACGAAUUAAUAUCAGAAUACAAUGCUGUGGCUAUGGAAGUAUUCCAUGCAAAUGGCAAAAUACCAGUUAUUAGGUCCUUGGCUGAUCUGGCUGGUGCAAAGAUUAGUAAAUCAGUUGAUGGUUUACACCUGGGAAAAGAUAUAACAGAUAUUGACGUCAGUAUCCUUUUAAAUUUACUAUGCAACCAAAUGACGCAUGCCACAGAUGGGACUUGCUGUAGAAAACCUGACCCUUUAACCAUUGUCCAGAUAAUUAUGGCAGUAUUGGGAUUUAUAUUCAUUCUCCUGGCUGUUGGAAUUCGAAUCCAGCGCAUUGGUAAACCCACCCCAACCAAUGAAGAUGAGGUAGCCAAAAACAAAGACAGCAUCCAUAAUAUCAUAGCAGAGCUUACGUAUGCUGCUGCUAAGAUGUCACUCAUAUUAUUUUACUUCUACAUAUGCGACAGGACUGAUGUUUUCAUGAAGUCCAACAAGCAUUACACGAACACACGCUUCUUCUUACCCCUUCUAUAUAUUGUUUUCCUUGGUAUAUUUGGAAUUGAUUCAACAAAACAACCAGUGUUUUUGAAUCGGGACCAAACAGACGAAUGGAAAGGGUGGAUGCAGCUCGUUAUUCUUAUUUACCACGUUACAGGGGCUUCUGUGAACGUACCAAUAUAUAUGCACGUUCGCUUGCUGGUAGCCAUGUAUCUCUUCAUGACCGGGUACGGACACUUUUCCUACUUCUGGAACAAGGGUGACUUUGGGGUACAUCGAGUUUUUGGGGUGAUGUUUCGUUUAAAUUUCCUCACUGUAAUGUUGUGUCUUACCAUGGAUCGCUCGUACCAGUUCUAUUACUUUGUUCCCAUGUGUUCGUUCUGGUUUCUUGUGCUUUACUUAUUCAUGGCUUUGUGGCCAAGAGCAUAUAUGGUUGCUACGAAUAAAGAAACAACUUUAAGUGACGGCGAAACAAAGGAAGUUACUUUUACCUCCCCAAUAUUCGUAAUGUGUGCCAAGUUAAGUCUUCUACUGUUUACUAUAGUGCUUGUGUUUCUGUCACAGGAGUUGUUUGAAUCUAUGUUUUCCUGGUGGCCGGUCAUUCGUUUAUUUGAGUUACCACCAGGCAUGGUACGAGAAUGGUGGUUUCGAUGUCAUUUAGAUAGGUUUGCCAUGCUACAUGGAGCUGUAUUUGCAUUCGGAUACAUUAUUCUUAAGAGAUUAUCAAUUGUUGAUGAUUCGAGGCAAGGUUGUUUACUUUCAACCAAAGUUUCAUUAAUUGCAGUGACUGCUUCUAUUUUAUGCACUUUGUUUUACUCGGUAUGGGCAUUACAAUGCAGUGACAAACAGAGCUGUAACGAAGUUCAUUCAUUUGCAUCGCUUAUUCCUAUAAGUGCAUUUAUUUUGAUUCGUAAUAUCCCUGGUUAUCUGAGAGCAGGUUACAGCUCUUUCUUUGCUUGGUUCGGGAAAAUAUCUUUAGAGUUAUUCAUCGGGCAGUACCACAUAUGGCUUGCAGCAGAUACCAAGGGAAUCCUUGUUAUAACAUCACCUCAAUGGCCUAUGUUAAACUUAUUAGUAAGCACAUUCGUAUUCGUAUGCGUAGCGCACGAAAUUAGCGCUUUAACCGGUACUUUCGCCAAGUAUUUGGUCGGCCCGGCAAAAACAGCCGACACGAAGACGGUGUGCGCGAAAAUUCUGGUUAUAACGGCCGUGUUGGUUUGUUUUAUGUUAAUAUCGGAUCUUACAAAUACCAGCCCGCGCGUGUAACUGUGCGCGCCUGGAAUUUUGACCAAACUCGAAUAACACAGGCACAUUCAAUGCAAAUGAAUUUGAACUCAAAUGCGUAAAGAAGCAUAUUCAACAAAUGCACUUUUACGAACUUGAAUUUCGUCGUUACCUUCAAACUGUAUCGGUAUUUUAAAUAUUUUCGCAUUUUUUACUGUGUAGUUAAUUUCAGUUUUAUUCUUGUAUUGGUUUUACGAUUUUUGUUUGGAUUUUUAUUUUCGCGUGGUUUAUGAACUCGAUUGUUUAAUUCAAUUUAGAUGGUUUUUGUUUAGUCAGAUAAAAUAAUCGUAUAUUUGCA